GCUUUUUUGCUGACGGGGCUAUUACUUUCCUCUACUAGCAGUUCUUGACGUCAACUGCCGAGCUACAGAGCGACGACCGCAAGCAAUAAGAAUCAAAAUAAGCUAAAGAUCCCGAAGCUUUUCUAGCGCCUCUCUUUCCUUUUACCCCGUUGCUUCUCUUGCUCUCCAGCUCCCACAGCAAGUAAGAUGUUCGAUUUUUUGCCUAAUCCAAUAUUGGCGGUGUUGUUGCUUGGAAUUCAUGGCGGAUGGCCUGAUUGUGUGUGUUUCGUUGUUUAAUUGUUUUGCUCAUGUCGUCAGUCUCAAUUUCAGGGAGUUUCUGAGAUACCCAGAUGUUGUAUGUCUUUUUGAUUCUCGAAAUUGCAUGUUGUGAAUGCAGAUGGUUCCAUUUUUCACCUGACAUGCAUCUGUUGUCGGAAACGUGGACAUGGGAACCCCUAGUGUUUUAUGGAAUGUUGCAAAGAAAUGUUUCACGGUUGGGCUUGUCUCGCUUACAGUUUCAGAUCGAUUUGCCAGUAUAGUGUCAGUCCGGGGUGGCUCAAUGUCUCCCACGUUUAAUCCCAAAACCAAUACCUUGCUUGGUUCAUUGAGUGAUGACUAUGUUCUGGUGGAGAAAUUUUGCCUCCAAAAAUACAAAUUUUCACAUGGCGACGUGGUAGUUUUCAGCUCUCCGUAUGAUCACAAGGAGAAACAUGUAAAGAGAAUUAUUGGCUUACCAGGUGAUUGGGUUGGGACUCAUUACGAUGUGGUGAAGGUUCCAGAAGGACAUUGUUGGGUUGAGGGAGACAAUUCAGCUUCAAGCAUGGACUCGAGGUCUUUUGGCCCUGUUCCUUUGGGUUUGGUUAAUGGAAGGGUCGUCCACAUUCUGUGGCCUCCGCAUAGAGUAGGCAGUGUCGAGAGAAAAGCUCCUCAACACAGAGUUUCUUCCUCCUAAUUGCUUCUGAGCCACAAUUUUUUCAUGGACAGUUUUACAAGUGUUUCCAUGCAAUUUUUUGCAUUAGGUGAUCUCUUUGCUAUUUUACCUUCAUCAUUUAUUCUUGUUUAACAGUGGACAAUAUCACAUGCAAAUUGGAGUUGAAGGAUUUAGAUUUAUAAGCUUAAUCUCUUAAGAUUCAGCAGAGACUAAGAUGAUGAGAGGCUUGCUUAAGUGCUAAAGUCCAACUGUGGGAUGCCAUGUUCAAUCAUGUUUUGUUUUUAGCCACAACUCAUUCAUAGUUUGGUGAAGAAGACAGGUCAUAUGAAGCUCUGGAUGAUGAUCUAGGUUAAAUAAAAAGUAUUUUCAUUUGAGAA